AUGACACGUUCUAAGGAGAACUAUAGUGCCCCAAGACUCAGGAUUAUACAUAACGACAUCUGGAAACCCCUCAUCAACAAGUACCCGGUCACUCCUCCUCCACCACCUCCUCCAUCACCACCUCCAACACCGCCUUCACCACCCCCGCAGACCCCCGUACGUCAACCACCGCCACCCGCCGAACCCUCAAAGCAGCGGCCAGUCUCACAGCUACAAUGCACAGCAGACGACCGCAGAUUACAACGCCGCCCCACUCAUCAUGGAUUUGAAAAUCCCCCAAGUCCGCAAGCCGGAGACUCCAGCCCAGACGGACAGCCAGACGGACAAGCAGACCAUCCAUGUCCACUCCCAGAUGACUCAAGCCCACACGGUCGUGGAUUUUUACCCGACGUCCGCACCCCGGUGACUUAA